AUGCAGAGGGUCUUCCCACCCAGUAGACCCGAAAGAGACCACCGGGUGGACAGGAGGUCAGGUCGUGACAGACGUGCUGAACCAUAUCCACCUUAUCGACAAAGCAGAGGAAGGGAUGAGUACGAUAGGGCACCCGACACACGCCCCCGCGAGAAAGCAAAGAUUCCAGAGUAUGCCCUAUCCAUCUCCCCCGCCGAAGCAGUUGAGGCACUAAAGAACCUGGACCAUGGGCAUCGGACCGAGGAUUGCAUCGCCCUCAGAUUGGAAGUGGCUCACCUACUAAAACAAGGCCACCUCACCGAUUACCUAACCGAGAAGGGCAAGCAGACCCUACAACAAGGAAGGGAUAGACAUGAUGACCAUAGAGAAGCUACACCGCCAAACCCACCAUCUCAUGAAAGAACCGUGAAUGUGAUAUCUGGUGGCUCCGAAGUAAGCAGGGUCACCCACUCCGCAGCAAAGAAGCAUACUCGACAGGCUAAGUCUAACAAGGCGGAAACCAACAUGCCCUGCCAGACCGCUUCAACCCUUCCGACCCAAACAAUCCGUUUUCAUACAACUGAAUCAGACAAGCUUCUUCACCCUCAUCAUGAUGCUUAUUGCAAAUUGGAGAUGGGCUUGAACGAGUCCAAAAUAAUAAAAAAGUUUGCGGUCCUUAUAGGCUUCAGUGGUGAGACCAAGACCACGAUGGGGGAGAUUGACCUUCCUGUCUAUGCCGAAGGGGUGAAUCAAUCAACCAAGUUCUUAGUGAUCAACACCCCUUCCGCAUUCAACGUCAUUUUGGGUCGACCAUGGAUCCAUGAUAUGGAAGCAGUCCCAUCUACCUACCACCAAGUCAUCCGGUUCCCAACUAAAUGGGGCAUCAAGGAGAUCAGGGGCGAGCAAAAAGAUUCAAGAGCAUGCUACCAAACGACCAUGAAGGCAAAGCAAACCACUCAAUAG